GUGGAGCGCUUUCCUUCUGUGAAGCAGGAAGAAGGGGCUUUGGGGAUCCUGGACAGGAGGUACUGGGGGAGGGGUGCUGAGGAGGCCAGGCCCUCCUCCCCUCCGCAGCCACCCCUUUCUGCUGGCCCGGAGAGGCCGGGGCCCAACUGUGUCCUCUAGCCCUAAGCCAGUUCCUCUUCCAGAAACUGGGCCAUCCUCCAGAGGGGCCGCCCCCUCCCACCCUUGGUCAGCCCCGGGGCAUGUGAGAGUGUUGGUUAAACUGGGAGGGAGCCCUGCCCUGCCCCAGUCUGCCUGCACAGGGGGGGCUGCCUGCACAGGGGUGCGCGGUGAGCCACCGGUGGUCAUGGCCUGGGUGAACCCUGUCUGCUCCCUGCUGCUGCGUGACCACAGGCCCGAGGGACAGGAACCUGGCCCGGCGUCGCACUGACUUUAUCAUUUGCCCUUCCUUCUUGUGAAAGUUUGAGAGAAGUGCGCAGCCACAGGAAAACGGGUGAGGCGAGGGUCCGUGGCGCCCUGGGGCAGCCGCACCCCGUUCCCCCAGCACUGCCCAGAGGCACAUGUAACACUCAUGGGCUGGGUGGGCUUGAGAACCCAGCCACGGUACCGCGGCCCAACUUCAGACAGGUCGGGGUCGUUCCCUAAUCCCACAGUCUGCACGAGGUCCCUGGUCAGACUCCUCGGGGGGGCCUGGUUGUUUCGAGCUGCGCUCAGAGGUGGCCCCGGAGGCAGCAGCAGACCCUGGCUUGAGUUUCCGCGGCGUCUCGGGGAAGCACGGGUGAAGCCCGCGUUGGCGAUGCUGCUGUCUCGCGCCUGGCGUCCAGAACCACACGUCCCGGUAUCACUCAUCAGUGCCAGGAGCUGCCUCCCAGCCAUGGAGGGGGAGGAGGAGCGGUCACCUCAGGAGGCUGACACGGAGCCCGUUGUCCCAGUGGGGUCUUCCGAGGUGGUGCCCAGGGUGCUUUCCGGAGAACCCCAGAACCUGUCCGACGCCGACGCUCUGUCCCUGCUCCUGGAGAUGAAGCUGAGGAGGCGGCGGGAACGGCCCAGCCUGCCGCGCACCGUGACCGAGCUGGUGGCUGAGGACGGGAGCAGGGUGUACGUGGUGGGCACAGCCCACUUCAGCGACGACAGCAAGAGGGACGUCGUGAAGACCAUCCGGGAGGUGCAGCCUGAUGUGGUGGUGGUGGAGCUGUGUCAGUACCGCGUGUCCAUGCUCAAGAUGGACGAGAGCACGCUGCUCCAGGAGGCCAAGGAGAUCAGCCUGGAGAAGCUGCAGCAGGCCGUGAGGCAGAACGGGGUCAUGUCUGGACUCAUGCAGAUGCUGCUGCUGAAGGUGUCGGCCCACAUCACCGAGCAGCUGGGCAUGGCCCCUGGCGGCGAGUUCAGGGAGGCCUUCAAGGAGGCCAGCAAGGUGCCUUUCUGCAAGUUCCACCUGGGCGACCGGCCCAUCCCCGUCACCUUCAAGAGGGCCAUCGCUGCACUGUCCUUCUGGCAGAAAGUCAAGCUGGCCUGGGGCCUGUGCUUCCUGUCAGACCCCAUCAGCAAGGACGACGUGGAGCGCUGCAAGCAGAAGGACCUGCUGGAGCAGAUGAUGGCCGAGAUGGUCGGCGCGUUCCCCGACCUGCACCGCACCAUCGUCUCCGAGCGCGACGUUUACCUGACCUACAUGCUGCGGCAGGCCGCCCGGCGCCUGGAGCUGCCCCGCUCCUCUGACGCCGAGCCCAGGAAGUGCGUCCCCUCGGUGGUGGUGGGUGUCGUGGGCAUGGGCCACGUGCCGGGCAUCGAGAAGAACUGGACCACCGACCUCAACAUCCAGGAGAUCAUGACCGUCCCCCCGCCGUCCAUCUCCGGCAGAGUGUCCCGGCUGGCCGUGAAGGCCGCCUUCUUGGGCCUGCUGGGCUACGGCCUUUACUGGAUGGGGCGCCGCGCCACCAGCCUGGUCCUGUCACUGCCUGUCGCUCAGUACUGUCUGCAGAGGGCGUCCGCGGCCCGGCCGCGCAAAUAGGAAGGACCAACACGUGGCUGCUCCCGUGUCACCGCUGAGGGGCGCUGGGGCUGGCCCCCCCCCCCCAACGAGGAGCGGCUGGGUGCCACCCCCUGUGGGGGUCCAGGCCCGGCCACGCCUCUCCUCCCCCAACCCGCCCAAAUAAAGAAAUAUUUAACUGCUCUGAGCUCAGGCUUCCCAGCAGCCCCCUCCCCACCCUCAUCCCCGGCCCUGCAGGGACCGCUCUUGGGGUUCAUGGGCAUCAGGACGCGCUGGUGGGGGAGGGGCCAAAGGUGCACACUGCCCCACCCCCAUCCCCGGCCCCCAGGUGAAGGGGCGUGGUGGGCAUGGCCAGCCAUCCCCUACCUCACUGUGCCUUCUCACGCGCUGGCGGCAGGAGCCCUGGCCCGGGAGCGAGUCCCCGUGGGUUCUGGGCCACCGGGUUCCUGGCCGGCAUGUUUGGGAAGGGCCAGGUCACCCCACGCAGCUCUGUCGUGGCUCCGGGGAGCGUCCCUCCCGCCUGGGCAGCUUGGCCACGCUCGGUCGCGGCGGGCGCACACCAGCUCUGCCUGCAGACGGUGUGUGGUUUUGGUUUUUAAAAAUGUCUGAAGUUUUUUUACUCAGGUAAUUUUAACUUAAGAGAAAAACUGAAGCAAAUGUCAGAAAAUACUAGCCUUAAACCUGGUUGGGACAAAGAGAACGUGUGCGUGGGGGGACCUCGAUCCCGAGAGGGUGAGCCCGUGGGAAAGGUCAGCCUCCGCAGGGGGGUGCCAGGCCCGCCUCUGGCUGGGGGCUUCUGGGGCUGCAGCCCUCGGACGGGAGCCUUCCUCGGCCCCAACCUCAGCGGACAGCGGGCGCGUGACCGCUGUGGGGCGGGACAGACGGAGACCCGAGGUUGGGCCGAGCCCACGCGGGGCUCCCACCCCGGGCACCUCCCUGCGGCCACGCUCCGCGGGUCAUGCGUCUGUGACACGGCCUCUGUGCAGCCCACCCGGGCCCGGGGCCACGCUUGAUUGUGUUUGUGUUGACUCGAUGUCUGACAAAACCAGGUGAAACCCACGGCCGUGAACGGGGCCGCACCGUGUUUUCCUGUCAUACAUGUACUCGUUCCUGAGAAAUGGAAAUAAAGUCUAAUUUUGGAA